UGUGCUACUGUACCGGUACGUACCGGUACGUACCGGUACAUGGGUGCCAAUUCGCACCUCUUUCUCAAAUUUCGUGAGCGAGGACAAGACCAUUCUUGGGCACACAGAUGCUUCUUCCCAAUCGACUUGAUUCUGCUGUACAGCAUCAACUAUGAUAUGGCUGGCUGCCCUUGAUUUGCAGCUGUGGCGGGUGUCAUCCCAGUGGUUUGACAUCAUCCCCAAGAACUUUGAACCACGCAUACCUCACUGGAGGGCUGUACAGUUGUCCCUUCUUCAUACCAGCGAGCUUGACAAGACCGCGUCAACAAAUGAAGCAAACCAUUAAAAACCAGUAGACCAUGGUACGGCACACGGCACGCCAAUGACACCGAGCAAUGUUCCUUGUGUAGGCUCAACCCCCCUUCAACCAAUCUUGGGGUUGGGUCAAUUAAUUGCGAAGUGUGGAAGCACAGCAUGCACACUGGUCUCAUGGAGGACUAAAUCCUGCUUUUAGGGCGAGGAUUUAUUACAGUGGUACCUACCAGCAUGCUCCGCUGCUCCACUAGCAACCGGUACCAGUUAGCGGUGCAGCAAUGCAAGUGUGCCUGGUAAGAUAGAACUGAUGUUGUUGCUGUUGCUGUGCAGUGUUACAGAGUUUACCUCGUGUACGGUACGGUAGGAGGCUCGGGUGCUCCGUCAUUCUUCGUCGUAUCUAGUGUAGAGAAAGCAUUAUCCGCAGUGUGGGGCCUGAUGUACCGCGAAUACUGAAGCAUGUACCAAUGUCAACUGCGGUUAAACAAAUUCCUGCAUAGGAGUGGUACCAAUGCUUAGAAACCAAGAGUGUGUCAGCAUUUUUACCACUUUACUAUGUGGGACCAUUUAUUGCACAGAAAAUCAAAAAGAGAAAGAGGUCCUAAUCUUUUACGGGAGUCAUGCGUUGGGCGGCUUGAUUGGUUGUCACACUGACGGAACGCGAUCACGCCGUCUGCAACAGUUCUCAAGUCUGAAGCCUUCGAUUUCCUUUCACACACUUUUUCUCACAAUCUUCGCUUGGUGCAAACGAAACCAAAAAAUCAGCACACAACUCCAUCUUUUUUCAUCCAUCGUUUUCCGACCAUGACGGAACUCAAACGUGAGCAGUGGAGCUCCCGCCUUGCCUUUUACUUUGCAGCCAUUGGUGCUGCCGUCGGCUUUGGAAAUGUUUGGCGUUUCCCUGCACUCUCUGUGACCUACGGAGGAGGCGCCUUUUUCAUCCCGUACCUCUUGGCCCUCUUUUUCAUUGGUAUUCCCAUUUUGAUUUUGGAAAUUGGAUUUGGUCAAUUCUUCCAAACGGGAGAUGUCAAUGUCUUUGGUGGAUUUCAUCCUCGCAUGCGCGGCGUGGGUGUCGCAUCGGUGGCGGCUGGAUUCAUGUUGGUGGUGUACUACAGUAUGCUCAUUGCUUGGGUGGUCCACGCCUUUUUUGACUCGUUUGGAAGCGACGAUCCUUGGGGACAUCCCGACACCAACGGAACGGUCGCUGUGGAGUAUUUUGUCGGAGAAAUCAUUGGUGCCAAGACACUCGGAGACGAUGGCAGACCCACUCGCAUGGUUUGGGCCAAUGUGGGAUGCGCGGCAUUGGUGUGGACCAUGUGUUUCCUCGGAACCGCCUUUGGUGUGCAGUGGGUCGGACGCAUCACCUAUUUCACCAUGGGAUUGCCAAUCGUGCUCCUGUUUGUCUUUUUGAUCCGUGGAUUGACAUUGGAAGGAUACCAGGACGGAAUCAAGGAAUACAUUGGCGUUUGGGACUUGUCGGUGCUCACGGAACAAGGAGAUGUUUGGUCUACUGCCGUCUCGCAAAUCUUUUUCUCCAUUGGAGUCACCUUUGGUAUCAUGACGGCCUUUGGUUCCUACUGUCCACGUGGAGAUCCCGUCACCAUCAACGCCUUUGUCAUUGCCCUCUCCAACUCCAUGUUCUCUUUCAUUAGUGGAUUUGCCGUCUUUGCCGCUUUGGGACACCUCUCCCACACGAGUGGCAUUCCCGUCACCGAGUUGCCCUACGCUGGAUUCUCUUUGGUCUUUGGAACUUGGCCGGUCGUGCUGGGCACUCUUCCUGGCGGCGAGCACUGGGUCCGACUCCUCUUCUUUGACCUCUUUUUGCUCGGUAUUGAUUCCGCCUUUGCCUUUAACGAAGCCAUUUCCACUGUCAUUUUGGAUACCAAGUUCUUUCAAGGAACCGCCAAGUGGAAGGUCCACUUUGGAAUCUCCUUUUGUGGAUUCUUGCUCUCGCUCAUGUAUGCCACCGACGCUGGUCUCAACUUUCUCGACAUUAUUGACUUUUACAUCAACUUUGUCAUGCUCAUUGUGGGAUUCUUUGAAUGCUUUGCCGCCGGAUGGGUCUAUGGAAUCGAAAAGACGGUGGCCAAGUGCGGAGCUCCUGCCGUUGGUGCCUACAUGACGGCCAACUUUGCCGGUCUCUUCAUUGCUUGUGGAAUCUGGUUUGGCGUCGACGAGGGAGCUGUCUGGAAGGGAAUUAUCGCUCUGCUCGUCUGGUACAACGUCUUUCUUGGCAUUUCCGUUGUCCUGCUCCAGAACUUCAUCAAGUCAUCGGGAGAAGAACUGUCUCUUUCCGAAGGACUCUGGGCACUUACAUUUGAGAAUAUCUUUGAUCUCAAGGAACGCAUCCGUCCCGUCACUCAAAACAUUCCCGGAAUCUGGUGCAUCCUCAUCAAACAGUUCAUUCCACACAUUCUGAUCAUUCUCUUUAUCAACUUGGCUCAGUCCGAGACCGACGAGGGACUUCCCAUCUUUGGAAACUAUGGUGGAUACGCCGACAAGCCAUACCAAGUCAUGGGCAUUUUGACUUUUGUCGUUGUGGUCUUUUGCUUCACUCUUGGAUUUGUCCUCCCCCAGGCAUAUGCUCCAUUGGCUCUUCCACCUGGUCACUUUGCCCUCACCCCCGAUGGAGCCGGUGACGAGCAACCCGCUGAGCAAGAACAACCCGUCAAGGAAGUCGAGGAAGUGGAAGACACGCUCAACGUGGAGGAGACCAAGGGCGAGAAACUAUCCGAAGAUAAUCUGUCCGAGAACGAUGGACAGCAGGGACCAACCAUCGAGGCAUAGGCUGGGUUGGCACGGUGUUGGCGGCGUCUUGCUAUAGCUGCUUCGUUGAAUGUUUCUCAAAAUGAUGGUGCUGAGCCUGAUCCUGGCUUGUCGAGAGUCUUGCGGUGAUUUCCCUUGGACUCUUCGAGCUAUUAUAUGUGAUGUGUUGUAUUGUGGGUGUACCGGUAAUGCAUAAACUACUACUAAGAGAUUACUACGAUU